UGAUGCCAAGGGAAAAUGAGUAAAAUUGAGGAUGGAAGGACUGACCAUUCAUAGAUAAAUUAGGGAUAACUGAUAAAUACCUAAAAAAUAACAAGUAAAAAAUAAUAUUUUGAAAGGCAAAUCAAAAAAAUCAGAGCCUUAUGGAAGAUAUUGAUCAAUUAAAGUUGGAAAAAAGAAAUCUUAUUAAAGACUUUAAAGAAAAAAUUCAUGUAAUUAAUGACCAACUAAAAGAGGUGAAUACUUCAAGUAACAAAAAAAUUAAUUUAAUUCAAAACAAAGUUGCUGAACUAAGUGACUUGGUGAAUUAUUUGGACAAAUUACAAAAUGAAACUGACAAACCUGUGGUUUGUUUAUUUUUUGUUCAAAAAAUUUUUUUCUCUCAGCAUUUUGUAAAACUUGACAAUAAAUUAACCUCCAUUUCAACUGUCAAAACUUGCUGUAAAAAUACUUGUAUUAAUUCUAAUGUAUCAGAAGGGACUUGCAUUAAUAAUAAAGGAUUUGUUCGUAUUGUUGAUUAUUUAAAAGUAGAGUAUCAUUCUGUUGAGGGGAAAGGUUAG